GCCCGACCAUUCUCCAUAGCCCGGAGUUACAGCCACAUAGCCCUGAAGAACAGACGUUAAAAGUGAGAGGGAGAGAGAGAAGGAGAGAGUUACAAAACACAAAAGUAAAAAAAGGCACCUUUGCCUUGCAGAGAGAGAGAGAGAGAGCGCGAGCGAGCGAGCGAGAGAGAGAGAGAGAGAGAGAUAACUUAACAAGAAACUUUUAGACAACGACAAUUAAAGAACUAACUUUGGGGCUGUGGCGAAGACGUGUGAAGUGUCAGUGAUGCUCAAGCAGUGAAGUUAUAAGGUCUGGUCUGUUUUCAGAAGAUAAACGAAGACAGAACACUGUGAGCCGUAGCUGGUGCUUGAGCAAUCAACAGGAAAGAGACACAACACUGUCACUUUACACCAGGGGACUUAAGAGGAGAAUAAGACAACAAGUAAACUCUUUCCAUUCUUUGCCAGAAUGGCUGAAGAGGAGGAGACAAGGGAAGUGCUCUUCCCACAGUGGAUGGGCCCUGAUGAACAUGGCUUGACAAUUGAAAAAACGGGUGAGGGAGAGAUUUACGUGAAAGAUGUAAAGGACGAGUCCCCUGCUGCACACACUGGGAGAGUCCACAAAGGUGACCAAAUCGUGGGUGCAACCAUCUACUUUGACAACAUGAGCUCAGAAGAAACAGAAGAGUUACUGAAGACACUUAAUCGACAUAAAGUUGGGCUAAAACUACAGAACAAGGGAGACAAAUCACCCUGCCGAUCUCCCAUGGGCACACUGUCAUGGGAAGGCAAGACAAGAUUUGGAGGAUCAAGUCCUGACAUUAUCCUUAGUGGUGAUGAUGAGGACUACAGACGGAUCUACACUAAGAAGAUCAAACCUAGACUGAAAUCAGAGGACCUUGCUGAGGGUGUAGAUGUGCGUACGGAACGUCACAGCAGCACAAGCAGUGAUGGAAGCACAAUUACCACCAUCACCCGACGAAUUACUACCUACACUUUGGACAUGCCAGAGGGUCCUGGGCAGCAGCAAUAUGAAAUAGGUAGUCCAGAAUUCAAGAUUCAGGUCCCAAGUGAUGUCUCUGUCACAGGUCCACAUGCCACUGGCCCAUCUGAAAAACACUGGAGUGUAGGACAUGUUAAAACGGCAACUGUUGAUGUUGAGCAGAGUGAAAAAGAGCUCAGAUUUAAAAUUCCUGCCACUGGACUUUCGGGGGAAAGGUCGUUGACUGAAUUUGGGCUAUCUGGAGGGAUGCAGCAUCAACAUAGCAGUAUUCAGUUACCUGGCACUAAUGUAACAGAUAGUGAUAAGAUUAAUAUCAGUGGACCUGGUAGAAGUACCCAAGGUUUCUCAGGUAAAAUAGGUGUUGGUUUGGAGAAAGGAAAUAACAAAGGAAGCAAUGGCCCUGAAGUUACUAUAGGUAACCAGCAGCUGAGGGGAGCAGGUCAAGGAAUCAACAUCAAUGUGAAUGCUCCUACUGCCAGAAUAUCUGGUACAAGUACAGAUACCACAGUAACAGCAGGUGUAGAUGGCAAAAUCAAAACAUCAGAGGUUUCAGGUCCCAGCUUACAGACUCAUGCCACUGACAUCAGUUUUAAAGGGGCAAAAGUUAAGGGUAAUUCUAAUGUGUCUAUUUCAGGCAUUAAAAGUGGAAUUACUGUGCCUAAUACAGACAUUGCAGGUGCAGCAGUUAAUGUUGAAGGUUCUGGUGUUGACAUUGAUGGAUCAGAAUUGGGAUAUAAGUUACCGAAAUUUAAAAUGCCAUCAUUUGGAGGCCAAGAUGUUGAUAUCAACCUCAAAGGAUCCAAAAUGAAAGGAGAUGUUGAUGUUUCGCUUCCAACUUUCAAAGGAGACCUGACAUCACCUGAGAUAGACAUAGGAGGACCUGAGGUUAAUGUUAAAGGCCCUGAAGGUGGAUUCAAAAUGCCCAAAAUCAAAAUGCCUUCAUUUGGUAUCAAGGGCACUGAUGUUGAUGUGAAGCUACCAGAAGGUAAUGUUGAUCUAAAAGCACAAGGAAUUGACAUUAAAAGUACAGCUCUUAAUGUUGAGGGUCCAGGAGGAAAAAUAAAAGGGUCUACAUUCAAGAUGCCAUCUGUUUCUGGACCAAAGAUCUCAAUGCCUGAUGUUGACUUAAAUGUAAAAGGACCUAAAUUGAAGGGAGAUAUUGAUGUCUCAGCACCAAAAGUCAAAGUCGAUAUAAAAGCACCAAAGAAAGACAUUGAAAGCCCAGAUGUUGACAUUGAAGGCCCAGAAGGUGGAUUCAAGAUGCCAAAAAUAAAAAUUCCGUCAUUUGGAAUAAAGGGUCCCAAAGGGGAGGUCCCUGAAGUUGAUGUGAAUCUACCAAAAGCAGACAUUAAGUUUAAGGCGCCAGAAGUUGACAUUAGAGGUUCAGAACUAGAGGUAGAGCAUCUGGAAGGAAAAAUAUCAGGUCCAAAGAUUUCAAUGCCAGAUGUUGAUUUAAACCUAAGAGGACCAAAGGUAAAGGGGGAUGUGAAUGUGUCUAUUCCAAAGGUUGAAGGUGAUAUCAAGGCCCCUAAAAUUGACAUUAAAGGCCCAGAAGUUGGUGUUGAGGGCCCCGAGGGAGGAUUCAAGAUGCCCAAAAUGAAAAUGCCUUCAUUUGGAUUCAAGGGGCCAAAACUGGAGGGCCCUGAAGUUGAUGUGAAAAUGCCGAAAGCAGACAUUAAUGUUAAGGCACCAAAAGUCGACAGUGACACCCCAGAUCUUGAGGUGGAGGGUCCUGAAGGAAAGAUUAAAGGGCCUAAAUUCAAAAUGCCAUCCAUUUCCGGGCCAAAGAUCUCAAUGCCUGACGUUGACUUAAAUCUUAAAGGGCCUAAAGUGAAGGGAGGUGUGGAUGUGUCAGUACCCAAAGUCGAAGGUGAUAUCAAGGCACCAAAGAUAGACAUUGAAGGCCCAGAUGUUGACAUUGAAGGCCCAGAAGGUGGAUUCAAGAUGCCAAAAAUAAAAAUUCCGUCAUUUGGAAUAAAGGGUCCCAAAGGGGAGGUCCCUGAAGUUGAUGUGAAUCUACCAAAAGCAGACAUUAAGUUUAAGGCGCCAGAAGUUGACAUUAGAGGUUCAGAACUAGAGGUAGAGCAUCUGGAAGGAAAAAUAUCAGGUCCAAAGAUUUCAAUGCCAGAUGUUGAUUUAAACCUAAGAGGACCAAAGGUAAAGGGGGAUGUGAAUGUGUCUAUUCCAAAGGUUGAAGGUGAUAUCAAGGCCCCUAAAAUUGACAUUGAAGGCCCAGAAGUUGGUAUUGAGGGCCCCGAUGGAGGAUUCAAGAUGCCCAAAAUGAAAAUGCCUUCAUUUGGAUUCAAGGGGCCAAAACUGGAGGGCCCUGAAGUUGAUGUGAAAAUGCCGAAAGCAGACAUUAAUGUUAAGGCACCAAAAGUCGACAUUGACACCCCAGAUCUUGAGGUGGAGGGUCCUGAAGGAAAGAUCAAAGGGCCUAAAUUCAAAAUGCCAUCUAUUUCCGGGCCAAAGAUCUCAAUGCCUGACGUUGACUUAAAUCUUAAAGGGCCUAAAGUGAAGGGAGGUGUGGAUGUGUCAGUACCCAAAGUCGAAGGUAAUAUCAAGGCACCAAAGAUAGACAUUGAAGGCCCAGAUGUUGACAUUGAAGGCCCAGAAGGUGGAUUCAAGAUGCCCAAAAUGAAAAUGCCUUCAUUUGGAUUCAAGGGGCCAAAAGUGGAAGGACCUGAUGUUGAUGUGAAAAUGCCUGAUGUAGACAUUAAUGUUAAGGCACCAAAAGUCGACAUUGACACUCCAGAUCUUGAGGUGGAGGGUCCUGAAGGAAAGAUCAAAGGGCCUAAAUUCAAAAUGCCAUCCAUUUCCGGGCCAAAGAUCUCAAUGCCUGAUGUUGACUUAAAUCUUAAAGGGCCUAAAGUGAAGGGAGGUGUGGAUGUGUCAGUACCCAAAGUCGAAGGUGAUAUCAAGGCACCAAAGAUAGACAUUAAAGGCCCAGAUGUUGACAUUGAAGGCCCAGAAGGUGGAUUCAAGAUGCCCAAAAUGAAAAUGCCUUCAUUUGGAUUCAAGGGGCCAAAAGUGGAAGGACCUGAUGUUGAUGUGAAAAUGCCUGAUGCAGACAUUAAUGUUAAGGCACCAAAAGUCGACAUUGACACUCCAGAUCUUGAGGUGGAGGGUCCUGAAGGAAAGAUCAAAGGGCCUAAAUUCAAAAUGCCAUCCAUUUCCGGGCCAAAGAUCUCAAUGCCUGAUGUUGACUUAAAUCUUAAAGGGCCUAAAGUGAAGGGAGGUGUGGAUGUGUCAGUACCCAAAGUCGAAGGUGAUAUCAAGGCACCAAAGAUAGACAUUAAAGGCCCAGAUGUUGACAUUGAAGGCCCAGAAGGUGGAUUCAAGAUGCCCAAAAUGAAAAUGCCUUCAUUUGGAUUCAAGGGGCCAAAAGUGGAAGGACCUGAUGUUGAUGUGAAAAUGCCUGAUGCAGACAUUAAUGUUAAGGCACCAAAAGUCGACAUUGACACUCCAGAUCUUGAGGUGGAGGGUCCUGAAGGAAAGAUCAAAGGGCCUAAAUUCAAAAUGCCAUCCAUUUCCGGGCCAAAGAUCUCAAUGCCUGAUGUUGACUUAAAUCUUAAAGGGCCUAAAGUGAAGGGAGGUGUGGAUGUGUCAGUACCCAAAGUCGAAGGUGAUAUCAAGGCACCAAAGAUAGACAUGAAAGGCCCAGAUGUUGACAUUGAAGGCCCAGAAGGUGGAUUCAAGAUGCCCAAAAUGAAAAUGCCUUCAUUUGGAUUCAAGGGGCCAAAAGUGGAAGGACCUGAUGUUGAUGUGAAAAUGCCUGACGCAGACAUUAAUGUUAAGGCACCAAAAGUCGACAUUGACACUCCAGAUCUUGAGGUGGAGGGUCCUGAAGGAAAGAUCAAAGGGCCUAAAUUCAAAAUGCCAUCCAUUUCCGGGCCAAAGAUCUCAAUGCCUGAUGUUGACUUAAAUCUUAAAGGGCCUAAAGUGAAGGGAGGUGUGGAUGUGUCAGUACCCAAAGUCGAAGGUGAUAUCAAGGCACCAAAGAUAGACAUUGAAGGCCCAGAUGUUGACAUUGAAGGCCCAGAAGCUGGAUUCAAGAUGCCCAAAAUGAAAAUGCCUUCAUUUGGAUUCAAGGGGCCAAAAGUGGAAGGACCUGACGUUGAUGUGAAAAUGCCGAAAGCAGACAUUAAUGUUAAGGCACCAAAAGUCAACAUUGACACCCCAGAUCUUGAGGUGGAAGGACCAGAUGGAAAGAUCAAAGGCCCUAAAUUCAAAAUGCCAUCCAUUUCUGGGCCAAAGAUCUCAAUGCCUGAUGUUGACUUCAAUCUGAAAGGACCUAAAGGAAAGGUCGAUUUUGAUGUCUCAGUACCCAAAGUCGAGGGUGAAAUCAAGGCACCAAAGAUGGACAUUGAAGGCCCAGAUGUUGACAUUGAAGGUCCAGAGGGUGGAUUCAAGAUGCCCAAAAUGAAAAUGCCUUCAUUUGGAUUCAAAGGGCCAAAAGUGGAGGGACCUGACGUUGAUGUGAAAGUUCCAAAAGCAGACAUUGAUGUUAAGGCAUCAGAAAUUGACAUUAAGGGUCCAGAAUUUGAGGUGGAGGGACCAGAUGGAAAGAUCAAAGGACCUAAAUUCAAAAUGCCAUCCAUUUCUGGGCCAAAGAUCUCUAUGCCUGAUGUUGACUUCAAUCUGAAAGGACCUAAAGUGAAGGGAGAUAUGGAUGUCUCUGUACCCAAAGUCGAGGGUGAAAUCAAGGCACCAAAGAUAGAUAUUGAAGGCCCUGAUGUUGACAUUGAAGGCCCAGAGGGUGGAUUCAAGAUGCCCAAAAUCAAAAUGCCUUCAUUUGGAUUCAAGGGACCAAAAGUGGAGGGACCUGAUGUUGAUGUGAAACUUCCAAAAGCAGACAUUGAUGUUAAGGCACCAGAAAUUGACAUUAAAGGUCCAGAGCUUGAGGUGGAGGGACCAGAUGGAAAGAUCAAAGGACCUAAAUUCAAAAUGCCAUCCAUUUCUGGGCCAAAGAUCUCUAUGCCUGAUGUUGACUUUAAUUUGAAAGGACCUAAAGUGAUGGGAGAUAUGGAUGUGUCAGUACCCAAAGUCGAGGGUAAAAUCAAGGCACCAAAGAUAGAUAUUGAAGGCCCAGAUGUUGACAUUGAAGGUCCAGAGGGUGGAUUCAAGAUGCCCAAAAUGAAAAUGCCUUCUUUUGGAUUCAAGGGGCCAAAACUGGAGGGCCCUGAAGUUGAUGUGAAAAUGCCAAAAGCAGACAUUAAUGUUAAGGCACCAAAAGUCGACAUUGACACCCCAGAUCUUGGGGUGGAGGGUCCUGAAGGAAAGAUCAAAGGCCCUAAAUUCAAAAUGCCAUCCAUUUCUGGGCCAAAGAUCUCAAUGCCUGAUGUUGACUUUAAUUUGAAAGGACCUAAUGUGAAGGGAGAUAUGGAUGUGUCAGUACCGAAGGUAGAAGGUGAUAUCAAGGCACCAAAGAUUGAUAUUGAAGGCCCAGAUGUUGACAUUGAAGGCCCAGAGGGUGGAUUCAAGAUGCCCAAAAUCAAAAUGCCUUCAUUUGGAUUCAAAGGGCCAAAAGUGGAGGGACCUGACAUUGAUGUGAAACUUCCAAAAGCAGACAUUGAUGUUAAAGCACCAGAAAUUGACAUUAAGGGUCCAGAAUUUGAGGUGGAGGGACCAGAUGGAAAGAUCAAAGGACCUAAGUUUAAAAUGCCAUCCAUUUCUGGGCCAAAGAUCUCAAUGCCUGAUGUUGACUUUAAUUUGAAAGGACCUAAAGUGAAGGGAGAUAUGGAUGUGUCAGUACCAAAGGUUGAAGGUGAUAUCAAGGCACCAAAGAUAGAUAUUGAAGGCCCAGAUGUUGACAUUGAAGGCCCAGAGGGUGGAUUCAAGAUGCCCAAAAUCAAAAUGCCUUCAUUUGGAUUCAAAGGGCCAAAAUUGGAGGGACCUGACAUUGAUGUAAAACUCCCAAAAGCAGACAUUGAUGUUAAAGCACCAGAAAUUGACAUAAAGGGUCCAGAACUUGAGGUGGAGGGACCAGAUGGGAAGAUCAAGGGACCUAAAUUCAAAAUGCCAUCCAUUUCUGGGCCAAAGAUCUCUAUGCCUGAUGUUGACUUCAAUCUGAAAGGACCUAAAGGAAAGGGAGAUUUUGAUGUUUCAGUACCCAAAGUCGAGGGUGAAAUCAAGGCACCAAAGAUAGAUGUUGAAGGCCCAGAUGUUGACAUUGAAGGCCCAGAGGGAGGAUUCAAGAUGCCCAAAAUCAAAAUGCCUUCAUUUGGAUUCAAAGGGCCAAAAGUGGAGGGACCUGACAUUGAUGUGAAACUUCCAAAAGCAGACAUUGAUGUUAAGGCACCAGAAAUUGACAUUAAGGGUCCAGAAUUUGAGGUGGAGGGACCAGAUGGAAAGAUCAAAGGACCUAAAUUCAAAAUGCCAUCCAUUUCUGGGCCAAAGAUCUCUAUGCCUGAUGUUGACUUCAAUCUGAAAGGACCUAAAGUGAAGGGAGAUAUGGAUGUGUCAGUACCGAAGGUUGAAAGUGAUAUCAAGGCACCAAAGAUAGAUAUUGAAGGCCCUGAUGUUGACAUUGAAGGCCCAGAGGGAGGAUUCAAGAUGCCCAAAAUCAAAAUGCCUUCAUUUGGAUUCAAAGGGCCAAAAUUGGAGGGACCUGACAUUGAUGUAAAACUCCCAAAAGCAGACAUUGAUGUUAAAGCACCAGAAAUUGACAUUAAGGGUCCAGAACUUGAGGUGGAGGGACCAGAUGGGAAGAUCAAGGGACCUAAAUUCAAAAUGCCAUCCAUUUCUGGGCCAAAGAUCUCUAUGCCUGAUGUUGACUUUAAUUUGAAAGGACCUAAAGUGAAGGGAGAUAUGGAUGUGUCAGUACCGAAGGUUGAAGGUGAUAUCAAGGCACCAAAGAUAGAUAUUGAAGGCCCUGAUGUUGACAUUGAAGGCCCAGAGGGAGGAUUCAAGAUGCCCAAAAUCAAAAUGCCUUCAUUUGGAUUCAAAGGGCCAAAAGUGGAGGGACCUGACAUUGAUGUGAAACUUCCAAAAGCAGACAUUGAUGUUAAGGCACCAGAAAUUGACAUUAAGGGUCCAGAAUUUGAGGUGGAGGGACCAGAUGGAAAGAUCAAAGGACCUAAAUUCAAAAUGCCAUCCAUUUCUGGGCCAAAGAUCUCUAUGCCUGAUGUUGACUUUAAUUUGAAAGGACCUAAAGUGAAGGGAGAUAUGGAUGUGUCAGUACCGAAGGUUGAAGGUGAUAUCAAGGCACCAAAGAUAGAUAUUGAAGGCCCUGAUGUUGACAUUGAAGGCCCAGAGGGUGGAUUCAAGAUGCCCAAAAUCAAAAUGCCUUCAUUUGGAUUCAAAGGGCCAAAAUUGGAGGGACCUGACAUUGAUGUAAAACUCCCAAAAGCAGACAUUGAUGUUAAAGCACCAGAAAUUGACAUUAAGGGUCCAGAACUUGAGGUGGAGGGACCAGAUGGAAAAAUCAAGGGACCUAAAUUCAAAAUGCCAUCCAUUUCUGGGCCAAAGAUCUCUAUGCCUGAUGUUGACUUCAAUCUGAAAGGACCUAAAGGAAAGGGAGAUUUUGAUGUUUCAGUACCCAAAGUCGAGGGUGAAAUCAAGGCACCAAAGAUAGAUGUUGAAGGCCCAGAUGUUGACAUUGAAGGCCCAGAGGGAGGAUUCAAGAUGCCCAAAAUCAAAAUGCCUUCAUUUGGAUUCAAAGGGCCAAAAUUGGAGGGACCUGACAUUGAUGUAAAACUCCCAAAAGCAGACAUUGAUGUUAAAGCACCAGAAAUUGACAUUAAGAGUCCAGGACUUGAGGUCGAGGGACCAGAUGGGAAGAUCAAAGGACCUAAAUUCAAAAUGCCAUCCAUUUCUGGGCCAAAGAUCUCAAUGCCUGAUGUUGACUUCAAUCUGAAAGGACCUAAAGUGAAGGGAGAUAUAGAUGUGUCAGUACCGAAGGUCGAAAGGGAUAUUAAGGCACCAAAGAUAGAUAUUAAAGGACCAGAUGUUGACAUUGAAGGCCCAGAGGGUGGAUUCAAGAUGCCCAAAAUCAAAAUGCCUUCAUUUGGAUUCAAGGGACCAAAAGUGGAGGGACCUGACGUUGAUGUGAAACUUCCAAAAGCAGACAUUGAUGUUAAGGCACCAGAAAUUGACAUUAAAGGUCCAGAGCUUGAGUUGGAGGGACCAGAUGGAAAGAUCAAAGGACCUAAAUUCAAAAUGCCAUCCAUUUCUGGGCCAAAGAUCUCGAUGCCUGAUGUUGACUUUAAUUUGAAAGGGCCUAAAGUCAAGGGAGAUGUGGAUGUUUCAGUUCCAAAAAUUGAAGGUGACCUCAAAGGUCCAAAAAUCAACAUUGAAGGCCCAGAUGUUGACAUUGAAGGUCCAGAAGGUGGAUUUAAGAUGCCAAAGAUGAAAAUGCCUUCAUUUGGAUUCAAGGGGCCCAAAGUCGAAGGACCAGAUGUUGAUUUGAAAAUGCCAAAAGGAAAUAUUGAUCUUAAAACACCAAAUGUUGACAUUGACACUCCAGAUCUUGACAUUGAAGGUCCAGAGGGAAAUAUCAAGGGACCUAAAUUCAAAAUGCCAACAAUAUCAGGUCCAAAGAUCUCAAUGCCUGAUAUGGACUUCAACCUGAAAGGACCGAAAGUCAAGGGUGAUGUGGAUGUUUCAGUUCCAAAUAUUGAAGGUGACAUCAAAGGCCCAAAAGUCAACAUUAAAGGCCCGGAUGUUGACAUUGAAGGCCCAGAAGGUGGAUUUCACAUGCCAAAGAUCAAGAUGCCUUCAUUUGGAUUCAAGGGUCCCAAAGUCGAAGGACCAGAUGUUGAUUUGAAAAUGCCCAAAGGAAAUAUUGAUCUUAAAGCACCAAAUGUUGACAUUAACACUCCAGAUCUUGACAUUGAAGGCCCAGAGGGAAAGAUCAAGGGACCUAAAUUCAAAAUGCCAACAAUAUCAGGUCCGAAGAUCUCAAUGCCUGAUGUAGACUUCAACCUAAAAGGACCGAAAUUCAAGGGUGAUAUGGAUGUCUCAAUUCCAAAAAUUGAAGGUGACCUUAAAGGUCCAAAAGUCGACAUUGAGGGCCCAGAUGUUGACAUUGAAGGCCCAGAAGGUGGAUUCAAGAUGCCAAAGAUGAAAAUGCCUUCAUUUGGGUUCAAAGGUCCCAAAGUUGAAGGACCAGAUGUUGAUUUGAAAAUGCCAAAAGGAGAUAUUGAUCUUAAAGCACCAAAUGUUGACAUUGAAGCUCCAGACUUUGACAUUGAAGGUCCAGAGGGAAAGAUCAAGGGACCUAAAUUCAAAAUGCCAACAAUGUCAGGUCCAAAGAUCUCAAUGCCUGAUAUGGACUUCAACCUGAAAGGACCGAAAGUCAAGGGUGAUAUGGAUGUUUCAGUUCCAAAAAUCGAAGGUGACAUCAAAGGUCCAAAAGUCGACAUUGAAGGCCCAGAUGUUGACAUUGAAGGCCCAGAAGGUGGAUUCAAGAUGCCAAAGAUGAAAAUGCCUUCAUUUGGAUUCAAAGGUCCCAAAGUCGAAGGACCAGAUGUUGAUUUGAAAAUGCCAAAAGGAAAUAUUGAUCUUAAAGCACCAAAUGUUGACAUUGACACUCCAGACCUUGACAUUGAAGGUCCAGAGGGAAAGAUCAAGGGACCUAAAUUCAAAAUGCCAACAAUAUCAGGUCCAAAGAUCUCAAUGCCUGAUGUGGACUUCAACCUGAAAGGACCAAAAUUCAAGGGUGAUAUGGAUGUUUCAGUUCCAAAAAUUGAAGGUGACAUCAAAGGUCCAAAAGUCGACAUUGAAGGCCCAGAUGUUGACAUUGAAGGCCCAGAAGGUGGAUUCAAGAUGCCAAAGAUGAAAAUGCCUUCAUUUGGAUUCAAAGGUCCCAAAGUCGAAGGACCAGAUGUUGAUUUGAAAAUGCCAAAAGGAAAUAUUGAUCUUAAAGCACCAAAUGUUGACAUUGACACUCCAGACCUUGACAUUGAAGGUCCAGAGGGAAAGAUCAAGGGACCUAAAUUCAAAAUGCCAACAAUAUCAGGUCCAAAGAUCUCAAUGCCUGAUGUGGAUUUCAACCUGAAAGGACCAAAAUUCAAGGGUGAUAUGGAUGUUUCAGUUCCAAAAAUUGAAGGUGACAUCAAAGGUCCAAAAGUUGACAUUGAAGGCCCAGAUGUUGACAUUGAAGGCCCAGAAGGUGGAUUCAGGAUGCCAAAGAUGAAAAUGCCUUCAUUUGGAUUCAAAGGUCCCAAAGUCGAAGGACCAGAUGUUGAUUUGAAAAUGCCAAAAGGAAAUAUUGAUCUUAAAGCACCAAAUGUUGACAUUGACACUCCAGAUCUUGACAUUGAAGGCCCUGGGGGAAAGAUCAAGGGGCCUAAAUUCAAAAUGCCAACAAUAUCAGGUCCAAAGAUCUCAAUGCCUGACGUUGACCUUAACCUGAAAGGACCCAAGAUGAAGGGUGAUGUUGAUGUAUCAAGUCCAAAGUUUGAAGCUGACAUCAAAGGACCAAAGAUUGAGAUCGAAGGCCCAGAUGUAGAUAUCAGUGGACCUGAUGCUGGUUUGAAAAAGCAUAAAUUCAAAAUGCCCAAAAUUGGUUUUAAAGGGCCCAAGAUUGAGGGUGCUGAUGUGGAAGGUCGAAGUCCAGAGGGUGGAUUUAAAUUACCAAAAUUUAAAAUGCCUAAAUUUGGUUUCAAAUCACCUAAGGUUGAAGGCCCAGAUAUCGAUUUGCCUAAAGCAGAUGUUGAUAUUGGAUCUGUAGAACUUGAUAUCAAUGCUCCUGACAUGCCCAAGGCUGCUUUUGAUCUUAAAGCACCAAAUGUUGACAUUGAAGGCCCAGAUGUUGACAUUGAAGGUCCAGAAGGUGGAUUCAAGAUGCCAAAGAUCAAAAUGCCUUCAUUUGGAUUUAAGGGUCCCAAAGUCGAAGGACCAGAUGUUGAUUUGAAAAUGCCAAAAGGAGAUAUUGAUCUUAAAGCACCAAAUGUUGACAUUGACACUCCAGAUCUUGACAUUGAAGGUCCAGAGGGAAAGAUCAAGGGACCUAAAUUCAAAAUGCCAACAAUAUCAGGUCCAAAGAUCUCAAUGCCUGAUAUGGACUUCAACCUGAAAGGACCGAAAUUAAAGGGUGAUAUGGAUGUUUCAGUUCCAAAAAUUGAAGGUGACAUCAAAGGUCCAAAAAUCGACAUGGAAGGCCCAGAUGUUGACAUUGAAGGCCCAGAAGGUGGAUUCAAGAUGCCAAAGAUGAAAAUGCCUUCAUUUGGAUUCAAAGGUCCCAAAGUCGAAGGACCAGAUGUUGAUUUGAAAAUGCCAAAAGGAGAUAUUAAUCUUAAAGCACCAAAUGUUGACAUUGACACUCCAGAUCUUGACAUUGAAGGUCCAGAGGGAAAGAUCAAGGGACCUAAAUUCAAAAUGCCAACAAUAUCAGGUCCAAAGAUCUCAAUGCCUGAUAUGGACUUCAACCUGAAAGGACCGAAAUUAAAGGGUGAUGUGGAUGUUUCAGUUCCAAAAAUUGAAGGUGACAUCAAAGGUCCAAAAAUCGACAUGGAAGGCCCAGAUCUUGACAUUGAAGGCCCAGAAGGUGGAUUCAAGAUGCCAAAGAUGAAAAUGCCUUCAUUUGGAUUCAAAGGUCCCAAAGUCGAAGGACCAGAUGUUGAUUUGAAAAUGCCAAAAGGAGAUAUUAAUCUUAAAGCACCAAAUGUUGAUAUUGACACUCCACAUCUCGACAUUGAAGGCCCAGAGGGAAAGAUCAAGGGACCUAAAUUCAAAAUGCCAACAAUAUCAGGUCCAAAGAUCUCAAUGCCUGAUGUGGACUUCAACCUAAAAGGACCGAAAUUCAAGGGUGAUAUGGAUGUUUCAGUUCCAAAAAUUGAAGGUGGCCUCAAAGGUCCAAAUAUCGACAUUGAAGGCCCAGAGGUUGACAUAGAAGGCCCAGAAGGUGGAUUCAGGAUGCCAAAGAUGAAAAUGCCUUCAUUUGGAUUCAAAGGUCCCAAAGUUGAAGGACCAGAUGUUGAUUUGAAAAUGCCAAAAGGAAAUAUUGAUCUUAAAACACCAAAUGUUGACAUUGACACUCCAGAUCUUGACAUUGAAGGUCCAGAGGGAAAGAUCAAGGGACCUAAAUUCAAAAUGCCAACAAUAUCAGGUCCAAAGAUCUCAAUGCCUGAUAUGGACUUCAACCUGAAAGGACCGAAAGUCAAGGGUGAUAUGGAUGUUUCAGUUCCAAAAAUUGAAGGUGACAUCAAAGGCCCAAAAGUCAACAUUGAAGGCCCGGAUGUUGACAUUGAAGACCCAGAAGGUGGAUUCCACAUGCCAAAGAUCAAGAUGCCUUCAUUUGGAUUCAAGGGUCCCAAAGUCGAAGGACCAGAUGUUGAUUUGAAAAUGCCAAAAGGAAAUAUUGAUCUUAAAACACCAAAUGUUGACAUUGACACUCCAGAUCUUGACAUUGAAGGUCCAGAGGGAAAGAUCAAGGGACCUAAAUUCAAAAUGCCAACAAUAUCAGGUCCAAAGAUCUCAAUGCCUGAUAUGGACUUCAACCUGAAAGGACCGAAAGUCAAGGGUGAUAUGGAUGUUUCAGUUCCAAACAUUGAAGGUGACAUCAAAAGCCCAAAAGUCAACAUUGAAGGCCCGGAUGUUGACAUUGAAGGCCCAGAAGGUGGAUUCCACAUGCCAAAGAUCAAGAUGCCUUCAUUUGGAUUCAAGGGUCCCAAAGUCGAAGGACCAGAUGUUGAUUUGAAAAUGCCCAAAGGAAAUAUUGAUCUUAAAGCACCAAAUGUUGACAUUAACACUCCAGAUCUUGACAUUGAAGGCCCAGAGGGAAAGAUCAAGGGACCUAAAUUCAAAAUGCCAACAAUAUCAGGUCCGAAGAUCUCAAUGCCUGAUGUAGACUUCAACCUAAAAGGACCGAAAUUCAAGGGUGAUAUGGAUGUCUCAAUUCCAAAAUUUGAAGGUGACCUUAAAGGUCCAAAAGUUGACAUUGAGGGCCCAGAUGUUGACAUUGAAGGCCCAGAAGGUGGAUUCAAGAUGCCAAAGAUGAAAAUGCCUUCAUUUGGGUUCAAAGGUCCCAAAGUUGAAGGACCAGAUGUUGAUUUGAAAAUGCCAAAAGGAGAUAUUGAUCUUAAAGCACCAAAUGUUGACAUUGAAGCUCCAGACUUUGACAUUGAAGGCCCUGAGGGAAAAAUCAAGGGGCCUAAAUUCAAAAUGCCAACAAUAUCAGGUCCGAAGAUCUCAAUGCCUGAUGUGGACUUCAACCUAAAAGGACCGAAAUUCAAAGGUGAUAUGGAUGUUUCAGUUCCAAAAAUUGAAGGUGACAUCAAAGGUCCAAAAGUCAACAUUGAAGGCCCAGAUAUUGACAUUGAAGGCCCAGAAGGUGGAUUCAAGAUGCCAAAGAUGAAAAUGCCUUCAUUUGGAUUCAAAGGUCCUAAAGUUGAAGGACCAGAUGUUGAUUUGAAAAUGCCAAAAGGAGAUUUUGAACUUAAAGGUCCAAAUGUGGACAUUGACACUCCAGACCUUGACAUUGAAGGCCCAGGGGGGAAAAUCAAGGGGCCUAAAUUCAAAAUGCCAACAAUAUCAGGUCCAAAGAUAUCAAUGCCUGAUGUGGACUUUAACCUGAAAGGACCGAAAUUCAAGGGUGAUAUGGAUGUUUCAGUUCCAAAAAUUGAAGGUGACAUCAAAGGUCCAAAAGUUGACAUUGAAGGCCCAGAUGUUGACAUUGAAGGCCCAGAAGGUGGAUUCAAGAUGCCAAAGAUGAAAAUGCCUUCAUUUGGAUUCAAAGGUCCCAAAGUCGAAGGACCAGAUGUUGAUUUGAAAAUGCCAAAAGGAAAUAUUGAUCUUAAAGCACCAAAUGUUGACAUUGAUACUCCAGACCUUGACAUUGAAGGCCCAGAAGGUGGAUUCAAGAUGCCAAAGAUGAAAAUGCCUUCAUUUGGAUUCAAAGGUCCCAAAGUCGAAGGACCAGAUGUUGAUUUGAAAAUGCCAAAAGGAAAUAUUGAUCUUAAUGCUCCAAAUUUUGACAUUGACACUCCAGACCUUGACAUUGAAGGUCCUGGGGGAAAGAUCAAGGGGCCUAAAAUCAAAAUGCCAACAAUAUCAGGUCCAAAGAUCUCAAUGCCUGAUGUGGACUUCAACCUGAAAGGACCGAAAGUCAAGGGUGAUAUGGAUGUUUCAGUUCCAAAAAUUGAAGGUGACAUCAAAGGUCCAAAAGUCGACAUUGAAGGCCCAGAUGUUGACAUUGAAGGCCCAGAAGGUAGAUUCAAGAUGCCAAAGAUGAAAAUGCCUUCAUUUGGAUUCAAAGGUCCCAAAGUCGAAGGACCAGAUGUUGAUUUGAAAAUGCCAAAAGGAGAUAUUGAUCUUAAAGCACCAAAUGUUGAUAUUGAAACACCAGAUCUUGAAAUAGAAGGUCCAGAAGGAAAAAUCAAGGGGCAUAAAUUCAAAAUGCCGACAAUAUCAGGUCCAAAGAUCUCAAUGCCUGAUAUGGACUUCAACCUGAAAGGACCAAAAGUAAAGGGUGAUUUGGAUAUUUCUGGCCCUAAAGUUGAAGGUGAUAUCAAAGCUCCAAAAGUUAACAUUGAAGGCCCAGAUGUUGAUAUUGAGGGACCUGAAGGAGGAUUUAAGAUGCCAAAAAUGAAAAUGCCAUCAUUUGGAUUCAAAGGGCCAAAGGUUGAAGGACCCAAUGUUGAUAUAAAUCUACCUAAAGUCAAUAUUGAUGGAAAAGCACCAGAGGUUGACAUUGAAGGCCCAGAAGGAAAGAUCAAGGGGCCAAAAUUCAAAAUGCCAACAAUAUCAGGUCCAUCACUCUCAAUGCCAGAUGUUGACUUCAACCUAAAAGGACCAAAAAUAAAGGGUGAUAGUGACAUCUCUGUUCCAAAGUUUGAGGGUGAUAUCAAGAUGCCAAAAGUUGACAUUGAGGGCCCAGAUGUUGAUAUUGAGGGAGCAGAGGGAGGAUUUAAGAUGCCAAAGAUCAAAAUGCCAUCAUUUGGAUUUAAAGGGCCAAAAGUGGAAGGAGGUGAUAUUGAUGUAAACUUGCCAAGAGCUGAUAUUGAUCUGAAAGCUCCUGAUGUCAACAUUACACGUCCAGAUAUAGACAUUGAAGGCCCAGAGGGAAAAAUCAAAGGGCCUAAAUUCAAAAUGCCAUCCAUUUCUGGUCCAAAUAUCUCAAUGCCUGAUGUUGACUUCAAUCUGAAAGGACCUAAGGUGAAGGGAGAUUUGGAUAUGUCUGUACCAAAAAUCGAAGGUGGCAUUAAAGCACCAAAGAUCGACAUUGAAGGCCCAAGUAUAGAAGGCCCUGAAGGUAACAUUAAAGGGCCUAGAUUUAAAAUGCCAUCAAUUUCUACACCGAAAGUCUCAAUGCCUGAUGUUGACAUUAACCUUAAAGGUCCAAAAGGGAAGGGAGACAUAGAUGUAUCAGUACCAAAGAUUGGAACAGAAGGAAAAAUUGAAGGUCCAGACUUUGACAUCAAAGGUCCCAGUUUUGAAAGGCCAGAAGUCAAGUUUCCAAAAUUCAAGGGCCCCAGUUUUGGGAUAAAAUCUCCAAAAGUACAAGGUCCAGAAAUUGACCUCCCUGAUCCUAACAUUGGCAUUGCAGGUCCUGACAUUACUGUAGAGGGCCCAGAGGCAAAUAUCAAAGCGCCAAAAGUCAAGAAACCCAAAUUCCAUAUGGGUGGAAAAAGCCCCAAAUUAGAUCUUCCCGAUGUUGAUGCUAGUGCUGCCGCUCCUGAUGUAGACAUAAGUCUGAAAGGAAAGAAGGGAAAAUUCAAAUUACCUAAAGUGAAAGGAAAGGGGAAAAACAGUGGUGCUGACAUAAGUCUCAAAGCACAUGAUAUUGAAUUAGAGGCAGAAUCACCUGACCUGCAUAUCAAAGGACCUAAAGUAAAGAAGCCAUUGUUUGGAAAACUGCAUUUUCCGGAUGUUGAACUUGACAUUGGGUCUCCUAAAGGAAAAGGGCCAAAGCUCAAAUCAGGUGUAAGCAGUUCCAGUCUAGAAAGACAAGAUAUGAAUGUCAGCUUGAGUACACCUGAAAUAAAUGUUGAGGCCCCUGGUCUUGACAUAAAAGGGCCAAAGUUUUCUGCCCCAGAUAUCAGUCUGAAGGGUCCAGAAAUAAAGGGAGGAUUUGGAGAGGGGAGAGUGGGCGCUGAGGGGAAGGGCAUGAAAUAUGAUGUUAAAGGUGGAGCAAGUAUGGGCAUGGAGGGAUCUGGUGAGAUGGAGUACCCAGAGGGACAUGUUUCAUUUCCAAAGAUAAAAGUUCCAAAGUUUGGUAUUGCAUUACCCAGACUGGAAGGGCCAGAGGUUGGGGUGGAUGUUGGAGCUAGUGAAGUUAGUGGAGGGGCUGAAAUGGCAGCUCCAUCUAUGAGUGGUCAUAUUGGUUCAGAUCUGCAUGACCCUGAACUUAAAUCAGGUGGGAAAGUGAAGGUGAAGAUGCCCAAAUUCUUUGGCAAGUCAAAGACUAAGGGUGGAAGUGCUGCUGACCUUACCAUGGGCAGUCCAGAUGUCAAAGUGUCAAGAGACCUCAGCUUGAGUUCUGGAGAGUUGCAAAGUGGCAAAAUGUCAGUAGGGGGAAGUACUGAACUUAGAGUUUCACCCAAAAGCAAAUCCGCAUCUCUUGAUCUUUUCAAAAAAUCACGACAUCGCUCUUCAUCUUUCAGUGAUGAAGGGGAACUGGCCUCUCCCGCCUCUGCUUCAGGUCACUUAGAGGCAGGCAGUGGCGAUAUAUCUGUGGAUAUUGGUGGGGGUAAGGUCAAGGGGAAAAAGGGAAAGUUGAAAUUUGGCACAUUUGGUGGAUUUGGAGCUAAAUCCAAAGGUUCAUAUGAGGUGACACUAGGAGAGCAGGCUGAAGGAAAGCUAGAGGGAGGUAGUGAUGUGGCACUGUCAUCGAAAAAGUCAAGAAUGUCUUCCUCUUCCAGUAGUGAUAGUGGAUCAAAGAGUGGGUUUCAUUUUCCAAGACUAGAGCUUGCUGUGUCACCUAAGAAAUAAGAAAUGGUGAUACAAAAAAGCACUAAUGUACUCAUAUUGUUAUUGUUAUUUUUCCACUCAUAACUAAUCUUCAAGCAUCUGAAAUCAAAUAGCAUAUUCACACCAUUCUCUUUGAAUCCUCACUGCACAGUCACAUAAUUACUAAUAAUCAAUAUAUGUGAGUUGUAUUCAUUCGCUCUCUUAUCCCAGUCCAGCAAUUUAGAAGCCUCUCGAGGUACAUACCAUAUUUUUGCUAUUACACUGUAAAUAAGAAAAAAACUGUAUUGUAAUUAUUUUGUUUUCUUUUGUACAUAGUUAAAUUUUAUUGAGACUACACCAUCUCACAAAAAUCAAGCAGUGCCUUAGAGAAUCCAAACUAGAAUAUUUGCAUUUUGUUUUGAUUUUUUAUCAUUUCUUUUUUUUUAACAUGUAAUAUUUUAAGAAACACAAAUACUGGGAGUAAUUCACAACAUAUUGCAAUCACUGUAUUACUGAUAAGAAUGUGUUUUUGCAUAUACACUUAGAGCAGUAAAAAAAUCUUUAUAUUUGAAAUUAUGCAACUAUUUUGCAGCAUCACAUAUAAUCAUUCCUGUUUUCACAGUUACCAAAAUGAUUUGCAGGACAAUCUUUUUGCAAGAAAAAAUGAGAUUUUAACAAAUGUCUUUUGUACAAACUGUAAAUAAAUUGUGGCUGCCUCAUCCUACUGCAGAGAUGGGCAGAAUUGGAUAUUCAAUCUAUAAAAGAAUAGGUAUAUAAUAUUCCCAUUACAAUUUCACCUGGGUUACAUUUUUGUCACUAUCCAAAUUAUUUAUAUUUGGUAAAACUUGUUAAUGAUAACCUAAAUAAAAAAAAUGUGUUUUUCUAUUAACUAGGUUACUGCUUUUGAAAGUGUACACAAUAGUUCAUCCAUUUCCCAUCACACAUUACCUUAAAUUGAGAUGAUUGUUUCUCUCUCUCCCUCUCACUCUCUCUCUCUCUCAGCAAAUAUGGUAGUGUCUGGUGGAAAAACUAAGGGUGACAAUUUCACUUUAAUCACUAAUAAAAUGUUGUUGACUCUCAGCUGCAGAUCCUAAAUUGUAUUUUUCUAUGUUUUUUCCUGUUACAAAACAAACCAAAUAAACUGUACAAGUAUCCA